GAUCGUGCAUUUGAAGUUAAAUUCAACACUCUGUCCAUAGUCCAAAAUGCCUAGAGAACGACGUGCGAACAUCGGCCGCCGCACAAGACAUGCAAGCCAGCAACAAGUCUAUUCAAGGAACUUAAGAGAAGAAAGACAAAAUAUAAUAAGAGAAAAUGACCGAUUGAGACAUCGCGUGAGCACACGAAGAUCAUUGGCAUCAUACAAUCGCUUGGCAUUCCAAUAUGAUCCCACUGCGAACUACAGUGAUGAUGAAAAUUUGGAUAUUGGACGAAUGACGACUAUAUGCCGAUAUUGCAAUGCGGUAAAGUUCAAAAGAGAAACGGUUGGAUUGUGCUGCGCAAGUGGAAAAGUCAAACUGGAUCCAUUACUUACACCACCACAGCCACUGAAAACAUUGUUUGAUGGAAGUGAUCCCGAUUCCAGCCAUUUUCUUCAACACAUCCUUGAAUACAAUAACUGCUUUCGCAUGACUUCCUUUGGAGCUAAUAUCAUUCGAGAAGGCGGCUUCAUGCCGACUUGCAAGAUACAAGGUCAAAUAUAUCAUUUGCAUGGUUCAAUGGUGCCAACACCAGAUGAACCGCAUCAAUUUCUGCAAAUAUAUUUCAUUUCGUCGAUGGUGGUGGAUCAGUGA